GAAAGACAGAAAAAGAAAAAAAAAACAUGUUGGAUCUUAACCUUGAUAUGGUCUCGAGCGAGUCAUCUUGCGAUGAGAACAUCGACGACAAGAAUAACGACAAGAUGACGUUAACUCAAAUGGAAGAUUCGGGUUCUUCGAAUUCUUCAAUCAUCUACGACGAAGACGUUCCGUUAUCAAAUGCAAAAGACGAGAACUCUUCCAACGAUGCCUCGCCGGCAUUCGUUUUUGAUAUCUUAAAGAAGGAAAAAGAUGAUGAUGAUGAUGAUGUCACCAUUGCUAAAACUGUCCAAGACCCUUCGCCGGAAUUCUUCACCCGACAACUCUUUCCGGUCGCCGGAGAAAAAGUGGGUCUAGAGUUGGAGUUCGGAACAACAGCUUCGGCUAGUAGACCCCAAUGGUUGAAUUUAUCUUAUGCCGAGUCCACCCGCGUGCCCGAGCUGACAACUGUCCAGAUAAAGCCUCAACCGAGGAAGGGCCGCCGAGGGCCGAGGUCCCGGAGCUCUCAAUACCGUGGCGUCACAUUUUACCGGAGAACUGGCCGGUGGGAAUCGCAUAUAUGGGAUUGUGGGAAGCAAGUAUAUUUAGGAGGAUUUGAUACAGCCCUUGCUGCUGCCAGAGCUUAUGAUCGAGCUGCAAUCAAGUUCCGGGGAGUUGAUGCUGAUAUCAACUUUAAUUUGAGUGAUUACGAUGAAGACAUGUCUCAGAUGAAGCACAUGAGCAAAGAAGAAUUUGUGCAGAGUCUUCGUCGGCAGAGCAACGGAUUCUGGAGGGGGAGCUCCAAGUACAGAGGUGUAACGUUGCAUAAAUGCGGUCGAUGGGAAACUCGAAUGGGACAGUUCCUCGGAAAGAAGGCUUAUGAUAUGGCUGCCAUGAAAUGUAAUGGAAGUGAAGCUGUUACCAACUUUGAGCCAAUUACUUAUGGAGGGGAGGCUACAACUAGUGGAGGCAAUUGUCAUCACAAUCUUGAUCUGAGCCUCGGGAUUUCUGCGCCUUCCGUUGCUCAAAACGGGAGCAACGGUGCAGCAGAUUUCCAUUUUCGUAACGCUGCUGGCAGUUCUGCUUCUGUGGGUUUACAGCCUCCACACGGUCCAGCACUAGUGGCUAAGCACCCUCCGAUGCUGUCCAGUGUUUAUCCUGUCACUCUUUUACCACACGAUGAGGGAAGGGCAAUGCCAAAGAGAGCCGAAGCUGUUUCAUCGACCGGAUUCUCGAACUGGGGAUGGACAAUUAAAGGGGAUGGUAAAAUUGCCCCAACCGCGGUGUUUCCUAUAGCAGCAUCAUCAGGAUUCUCUUCGUCCAAUGCCAUUGCUCCAUCGACUACACUCCCAUUUAACAGUUCCGGCCAGAACCAUUGCCCUGCGACACCCUUUACGUCGGCCAAUAACACUUCCCAUUACUAUAAUUACAGGAGCUGAAAUCUGCAUGGCUUUACAAACACAAGUGAAGCUGUAUCA